AUGCCUCCUCACUUCGUUUGGCUCCGCACGUUGCAGCUGGAAAUACACCUUGUAUCUAUAUCAAGCGAUCCUUUAUCUCACCUAUUUGUGGCUGAGCUGCUGCAGUGGGCUGGGCAGAGCUGCCACAAGAUCGACAGACAGAGUGAACAUCUGAGUGGAUUAGCAGCUCAGGAGGACUUUAAAAGGAGGCCCCAGCCCGGCAGUAGCACCGCAACUGAGAAACUGACUGGUUCAUCCGACAGCUCCAGAGAAACACUGAACAAAAAAGCUCUCUUGCUGACUGGUGUGAUGAUUUCCAACCUGAGGAGCCUCAGAAAAAAGGCUGCACAUGGAGUCAUACCCAGCAAAAUGGCAGAUGUUGCAACUCCCGCUGACAAGAAGGCACCUCCCAAGUUCAAGCAGAGGACUGCCCGUACCUUCAAGAGCAAGGCCCCCAAGCCAGGCCAGAAGGGAUUCGGAGACGACAUCCCCGGCAUGGAGGGCCUUGGCACUGACAUCACAGUGGUUUGCCCAUGGGAAGCCUUCGGGGACAUGGAGCUCAGCGACCUGGCGAAAUACGGAAUCGUCUAGAGACCUCGCCCCCCUUUCCCUGUCCUCGCUCCCUUAAAAUGUACCCCCUUUCCUCUGCUGUUCCUGUUUCCCUCUGCCUCCCCAGCUCACCUGACCUGGUGUCGGUUGCUAUGCACAGAAACUCAACCGCAAGGCUGUUUCAAAGAUGUGUCAAAAUAAAGCCCUCUCUCCUCCGCCUUUACCCGUCGUACCGCUUCCCCUUCCCCUGCCUCUCCCCCAAAGCUCUGUCACUCCCUCCCACCCCCUCACUCCCUGCCUUCCUCUCCCUCCUCUUCCUCCCAACCCUGCUCUUCUAUCUGCGGCAAUCCGUGCGAUUGCCGCAGAUAUAAAAUGUACUUCAUAUUUUGUUAAUAUGAAGAGGCCUCGAUAUCUGUUGUUGUGAUAUCCUAAGACUGUUUUUCCUCCUCUCCCAUUCCACCUCCACUCCUCAAAAGUUGCUGAUUCAACGUGUGCAGGAGUCUACUGUAACUAGCUGAAUGACCUUUUUGUUUUUUAUGAGAAGCCUGUAAUUCACUUCAUGCCGUAGCCGGUAAGAUCAGCUCUUUUUCUCUUGGUCGAGAGAAACAGUUGCAUGAACAAAACUAAUAAAUGUGUCAGUUUUCCACCGAAUAUCUCUGUGUCCUCAUCAUUGACGGAAAAAAAGAAAGAAAAAAAAGCUGUGCUGGCAGUGAAAUCGCUGCAACAUUUAUGCUUUCAGGC